ACCUGAUCAAAACAUUGAACGCGUCUGUCAUUAAUUGUAUGCAUACGUUCUUUGAGGCUGACGCAGCUCCCUAUACUUCGUUUAAGGAAGACAUGCUCGGUGCACCAGAUCGACUACGGUUUGGAGGUUCCAGGAUGUCCCAGAAGAUCAAGGCAGGGUCGGUGGUGGAGAUGCAGGGGGAUGAGAUGACCAGAGUCAUCUGGGAGCUCAUUAAGGAGAAGCUCAUCUUCCCCUACCUGGAGAUGGACCUGCACAGCUACGACCUGGGCAUGGAGAACCGCGAUGCCACGGACGACAAGGUGACGGUUGAGGCGGCGGAGGCGACGCGGCGCUACAACGUGGGCAUUAAGUGUGCCACCAUCACGCCGGAUGAAAACCGGGUGGAGGAGUUCCAGCUAAAGCAGAUGUGGCGCUCGCCCAACGGGACCAUCCGUAACAUCCUGGGAGGCACCGUGUUCAGGGAGGCCAUCAUCUGUAAGAACAUCCCCCGCCUGGUGCCRGGCUGGGUCAAACCCAUCAUCAUCGGCAGGCACGCCCACGGAGACCAGUACAAGGCCACAGACUUUGUGGUACCUGGACCUGGGAGACUGGAGAUGAAAUUCACACCCAAGAUUGGGGAGCCAAUGAACUUUGUCGUCCAUGACUUUGAAGGUUCAGGUGGCGUGGCUCUGGGGAUGUACAACACAGACAGCUCCAUCAGGGACUUUGCCCACAGCUCCUUCCAGAUGGGGCUGCAGAAAGCCUGGCCUUUGUACCUCAGCACCAAGAACACCAUCCUCAAGAAGUACGACGGACGCUUCAAAGACAUCUUCCAGGAGAUCUAUGAAAAGCAGUACCGCUCUAAGUUUGAGCAGAAGGGGAUCUGGUAUGAGCAUCGUCUGAUUGAUGACAUGGUGGCUCAGGCUAUGAAGUCUGAUGGAGGAUUCAUCUGGGCCUGCAAGAACUACGACGGAGACGUCCAGUCUGACUCUGUAGCCCAAGGUUAUGGGUCCCUUGGUAUGAUGACCAGUGUGCUCAUCUGUCCUGACGGUCGUACGGUKGAGUCAGAGGCGGCCCACGGCACGGUAACACGCCACUACAGACAGCACCAGCAGGGCAAGGAGACAUCCACCAACCCCAUCGCGUCCAUCUUUGCUUGGUCGCGGGGGCUGCUGCACCGGGCGAAGCUGGAUGACAACGCAGAGCUGCGUGUGUUUGCUGAGYCCCUGGAGGUCGUCUGRGUGGAGACCAUCGAGGCUGGCUUCAUGACCAAGGAUCUGGCUAUCUGUAUCAAAGGCAUGYCAGAUACCAAACGCUCAGACUACCUGAACACCUUUGAGUUCCUGGAUAAACUGUCAGAGAACCUGAAGACCAAGAUGUCCAACCAACCCAAACUGUGAUCACCUCAUCUCCCAACUUUAAACACACACACUAUUGACAGCAGGGACUAUGGGCCCCGGCCAACACUGAACCAAUGACMGGGGAAUGUCUGCCCAGAACCCAACCAGAGCUUCUAGAAGACCUAGGACCCUCGAUACUUAAUCAUUCCCUCCACCAGCAGUCUGUCUGCUUCAAGGAGGUGUCUUGUCCAGGGGGAUGUCCUCCCAAAGCUAAUGAAUCAUUCCUAUCUGAACUACUUGCCAUUUCUGUCCCACUCUCCCCAUGCUUGCUGUUGCUUGGCAAUAUGAAUAUUCAUGUGGACUCAUUAAACUCAACUUGCCUCUGAUUUCAUUGCUGUUCUGGACUGUUUCAAUGUUACCCAACAAUACAGACCAUCUCCUUCUGCAUCAUAAAGGCUGUUGACCCCCUCCAACUCUCUAAUGCCAUCUGCUCUGCCCCUUGACCACGCCCCCAACUCACCUGAUGAACUAGCAGCCCAAGUCAACACUGCACUGUUAUCUACCCCCCCCCCCCCCUCCAAACUAAACCUGUGUCGUUCUCCCCCUGGUUGACCCCUGAGGUACAUGCCCUGAAGCAAGCUGGCCGCUGCCUGGAGCGCCUGAGCAGGAAGUCUGGUCUCACUGUCCACACUGAGGCCUACAAACUCCACCUACAGAGAUGGCCUCAGUGCUGCCAGGUCCACCUACUUCUCCAACAUCAUCAACAGCUCCAAUAAGAACUCCUGGACUCUGUUCUCCACUGUCAGCAAACUACUUCAGCCURGUGACGACGCCUUCUCUACUCCCUCCACUGAACUCUGCAACWRCUUCCUUCAGCUAUUUUCAAGGAAAAGCUCACCAAAAUACACUUCACUGACUGAUCAAUCUCUCUUAGCCGCCCCUCCCCGUGUCAACCUCCAAACUGUCACCCCUGAAACCCGGCUCUACGAAUUUGCACUCAUUGACUCUCCCUAUAUCUCAAAAUUCAUGUCAUCAACACCACAACUUACUCAUCAAAGCCUGCCUGCUCUGUCCAUCCCUGGAUCCUCUCCCUACUGUUCUCAUCAAAGCCUGCCUGCUCUCUGUCCAUCCCUGGAUCAUCUCCCUACUGUUCUCAUCAAAGCCUGCCUGCUCUCUGUCCAUAUCACACACCAUCAACCUCUCCCUUGCCCAUGGAUCUCACCUCUCCAACUACAGAACAGCUGCAGCCCCCCCCCCCCAUCUUAAAAAUGCCAGGAACAGACACCACCAUUUUUCUGCCCAAUUUCCAACCUUCCUUUCCAAGACUCUUGAACAGACUGUUGCCUCCCAAUUACAAACCCACCUGCUAGUCUAAUUCAAGCCCCUCCAGUCUGGUUUCCACCACAGUACUGAAACUGCACUCAAAGUUGUGAAUGACCUCACCUCUGCUGAUGCUGGUGCCCUUAACAUCCUGAUUCUCCUUGACCAGAGUGCAGCUUUUAACACUGAGCCAUCAGAUUGAGGGUACAGCACUCUCCUGGCUACAAUCAUACCUCAUAAACCGGACCCACUACAUCUCCCUCAAUGGCCAUACCUCAGACACGCCACUGCAGUUACACAGGGUGUCCCCCAAGGUACUGUGCUGGGCCCCUUGGUCAGGUGACACCAAGAUCACCUCGGCACCAAAUCCCUAUUCGACCCACAUUGAAUUUCCUUUCUCGGCAAUAAAGACAUGGCUGCAACAACACUUCCUCAAGCUAAACAUUUAUAAAACGGAACUCCUACUCAUAGGCACCAAAUCCACCUUCACCAAAGCUGGCAAUCUUGCGAUUGACACCACUGUCUCCCCCCACGCACGCAACCUUGGCGUCACCCUCUCCUUUGACCACCACAAGACAGACGGACUGGCAAAUUGUCAUUCWWCCACCUCCGCAACAUUGCCAAAGUCAGGUCCUCCRUCUCCUGUCCUGCCGUUGAAACACACAUURAUCUCCUCCUGUCUUGACUACUGCAACUCACUACUCUCCAGUGUCAACUCAGCUCCCUCRAUAAGCUCCAAAUGGUUCAUAACUCUGCAGCCCGACCCCCUCACCCACACUAAGUACUGGCAGCACAUCACCCCUGUCCUCUGAUCUUCACUAGCUCCCUGUCUCCCAACGCAUUGAUUACAAGUGCUUCUUUCUGGCCUACAAAGCCCUUCACCACCUUGCCCCCCCCCCCACACCUCUGACAUUCUUGUCCCCUGCCAACCCACAAGCCCCUUACCCUUAACCAGGUUCGUAUCCUAACCCCAACCCUCCCCAUACACUGAUACAUCUCUCUUAUUUCAGCCCACCCCGCUCUAUUCUUGUUUUUGUCAACUUCUUUUUUUUUCUUAUUUUUAUUUUUUACAAUUGUGAGGAGACUUUGGUCCUUAAAGCGCUAUAUUAAUCCCAUGUUGUAUUACUAUAUGUAGGGUUCAGAUGUAGGUUGAGUUUAUUUGUAUUUUUACAGGGACAGUGCACAUMAAUCAACGUUUCAGUAAAAGUGCUGGUUUUAGCCAGCCGGCUAAUUUUCAACCGCAGUCCCUGGGCAGGUUGUUGAUGUGAGGCCCUCUUCUCCAUUGAUCACUUACCACUAUGGUCUAGCCAUAUCUUUUGGUAACACUCAGCCAAUCUAAGUGGCCUGAAGCCUAAUUUGUGAUCCACGAGCAUAACUUGUGAUUUUAAGCAAUCGCCGAGUGAAGUAUGUGUUUAGGAUUCUGCCAAGUAUGACCAUUUUUAAUGAAUGAUGGACACAGAYAUAACCAAUGUUCUUUAUGCUAAUUGCACUAAGGUCCCCCUAUGGCUGUGUGUUUUGUGUGUGUUGUCGGUCAGUGAGCAGUGAUCGCCAGUCCUGCCUGAGGGUGAUCUUACCCUUCUGUUGCCUUGUCUUAUGUAAAGGGACUUCAGUCUGUCACACCAUAUUAUAUAUAUAUAUAUAUAAUGCCAUGACAACUACUGUAGCCUGUUUAGAUUUGGACUCUCUUGACUUGAUGAUGUCAUUGAUUCACAAAGCUAUACUAGCAUCACUCACUCCUUGUUUGUGGUUAUGGAAGAGGUCGUAAGAUAUUAAAAACACACUUAACACCUUACCCCCUCAGAAUAUCAACUCAAUAAAUGGGUUUUGGAGAAAAUUG